UUCCGUUUGCUGUCGCCCAUAGAGAUUAGCCACCACUCACCACGAUGGCUCAGAAUCGAUCCAGAGCAGGAUUUAACUCAGCCAUUUCUACCGAGCACAAAACUUCGUGCAUUCUCAGUUUGGAUCGGACAGCGAUUCACGCAAGACGUGUUCAACUCUAAUCUGCUUCGGCAUCAAAAACAAAAAUCCCCGCGAGUCUACGCGAAACACCUUAGUUCGAAAUCAUGUGUCGAGUAGUGAUUUCCAAUUGUAUAAUUUGGCUUCCACUAUUGGUAUUGCUGAGUGCAUUCACCGACUCCGUACCGGCACCACCGGUAUCUCCGUGUCCUAGCCUAUUUAGCUACCAGUACGAUACCAACCAAUCCGAGUAUUACGGACUGUUGAACCUGCAAUCUCAACCAGUGAAGAACACGGUAGAAGUGGAAGUAUCUUUCUCGAUCGCCGGCGAGUUACCAUCGAGUUACGUUGGUUCCAUCGAAGCUAUUGGCGAUAACCGGCAGUUGUUGGACCAGAUUUCCAAGGGACGCGGUGUCAGCUACCGGGUGAACCUUCCGAUUCAGGAUCCCCUACCUCGGCUCACCAAGCUGAGCCUCAACGGUAAAGUGCUGUGCACGGGACAAUCGGAAAAGGGUGGAUUCGUAACCGAAACCAGUCUACGACACUUCUUCCGCACGGAUUCCAAUUGGCAACAGUACAAUCAACACAAAAACGCUGGCAACACCCACAGCAACAAUCUGCAUAACGAUCACAGGGCGGUCGUCAGUCCCACUCGAAAGAUACCGGACGACUUCAAGUUGGUAUCGGAACGCGAACAGAACCACACCGUGGAGGAAACGGAACAUGCGGUGAGUCCCACCGGAAACAGCACAACGUACAAGUACAUAACAAAGGUGGCUACCUACAAGGAGUACGUAUCCGCGCCGAUGGUUCAAAAGACGUCGCAUUAUUACGUUAACUCGACGACCCGGGAGCAGGUGUGAGGGGUUCGGUGAUUGUUCUCCUCCAAAUAUCUACAAUAAAGUUACUUCCUAAGUGUGCAUUACCUUACGAUCUAUGUUAAUUAUGUUCAGAAAAUUGAAAUUAAAUGCUUGAAUAAUUGAAA